AUGUCUGGGGUUAGAGGAUGGAGGGAAGGCAGCAGGUACAGGACAGCUGCUGGCUCUAGUACUCCAUUUUCCUCUCAGGGUUACCCCUUGGAUGGCAACAACAAAACAGAGAAGGGUAAAAGCACCCAGAAGCUGAAAACGUCUGGAAAGGAACAAAGCAGCCAAGCGCCGGUCUACCAACAACAGCAAGAGCAGCAUGUCAGCCCAUAUGUCUUGGUAACUCCAAAUGAAACCAGAAGAAAACAGUUGCAGCAAAUUGCUAAGAAAGAGCUAGAUGACCUGGAGCGGUGGAAGGAAGAGCACAGGCCAGGGCCGAUCACAUUGAUUCCACAGAGAUUGGGUGGAAAGGAAUCAGAGGCUCAAGCAAGGCAAAACCAGCAAAUGAUGCUCAUGCAAUCUAAAUACCAGCAAAAGCGUAAGAGAGAAGAAUAUGUAAAAGCAAAAAAGGCAGCUGAAGAAGCUGAAAUCCUGAAAAAGAAAGCAAUUCAGAGAGAAAAGGCAGAGAGACUUGAAGUUAAAAAAAGAAAAGAAGAAAUGCAAAGAAGAGAGAUGUUCCUUGAAGAUCAAAAUUACAAAACCAAUGAAUUAUUGAACAGAUUGCACCUGGGUUUGCCAAAGAGUGAUUCCUGUCAGAUUGCUAAUCCUGGCCCAGAAUCUACAGCAUGGACAAGAAGCCAUGCUUAUAAGCAAGCUCUUCGAGAGGAUGAUAACAGAAGAUUAGAGGAAAUGAAGCAAGAACAACGAAGGAAGGCUGAAUUAAUGGAAUUUAAACAAAAGCAGGAAGAGGAAGCCAGGACAAGAGCACAUCAAAAUGAACAGAGGAGGGUAAAUAAUGCUUUCUUGGACCGACUCCAGAAGAAAACACAACCUAAUGAGAGCUACCAAACUGGAUAUACUGGACUACCUCAUUAAUGACACAAGGAGAAAUCUUGAGGUGCAUGACCUGCUUUUCUUUGGGACAAAACUAAACCAAACGAUGUUCCUCAAGAGUCUACUUACUGAACAUUUUCUGCUGAUGGACAGUCCACAAGACCAGACUAGAGCCAGACUCAAGUAAACCCUCUAAAAGUGAACCCACGAGAGUUGGGUCCUUAGCCCUGACUCCUUCAGUCUACAAGCUUGCUACCAUUGCACAGCCAUGCCUGGGUACCCCCACAGGGUACAGAAGUACCUCACAACCUUCAGAACCUGUCUUGAAGAAGAGUGCUUUACUGGUUGUACUGUUGUUAUACUGUAUACCACAUGUGUACCCUGAUUACUUUUGUACCAUAUGCACCACUGAUUACUCUUGCCUUAGUGUGAUAUCUUGCAUUUAUGCACUUUGAAUGCUAUUUGACACUUUAUUUUUCAAGUUCUCCUUAAAUUCUAGCUCUGUCCUCCAAUGCAUUUGCUGUCCUUCUUGUCUUCAAGCCAACUGCAAAUUUAAUAUUUAAUAUUUUCUUUUCCAUCA